AUGACAGAUGCCGGCAUCGGCCGGAUUACAUUGCCGGGGACACCGCAGGAGGGACAUCGCGGAAGCGCAGGACAAGGAAAGAUGUUUUCAUCUUGGAACAAACGGACACUUUAUUUUACUUUGUUCACUGUGAUGUGUCCAGUAGGUUCUCUGGGCAUGUAUUAUCUGUUGCUGCAGUCAUUUCGCAAGAAAAAUUUUUUCACAGAAGCUAUUGAGAAGCUGGAGUCUCAGCCUAGUGCUCUAGAGAUUUUAGGGGCACCACCUCUUAAAGUCCACAAUCUCAAGCUGUUGGAUGAACACAACCGUGUUGCCGUGUCAUCAGCUCGGAUUCGGAUACCAGUGUCUGGAUCCCUAAGUGCUGGACAUCUGUGCUCUUCAGCUGUACGAGACCAAUCGAAUGAAAGAUGGAAUCUCCUGGAUGUGGUUCUAGAAUUAGAAAAUGGACAAAGUAUCCCAAUUUAUCAUUCUGGUAUACCUGCUGAAGAUGUAAAAAAGUCCUAUAUCAUCUUA